AUGCUACCUUCAUACCUCUCAGCGACAUGCCGCCGCUCCCCGUCGCUGUUCCGCACAUUCGCGACCGCCACUAAAGAGAAACAGCCUCACUCUCAGGCAAAAACGCAAGUCAAAGUACGGCCGACAGCUUCAGCAUCCCAAACCACCACAAAACCCAAGGUCCCUUCCGCUGUCAAGGGCAGGGUCUCGUCUGAGCAUGCUGCAAAGCACCCUUCACAGCCCGCAUCACAAGUGCACUCGCAUCCUGAGUCAACAAAACCCCAUGCGAAGGCAGCGCCGUCGGUAGUCACCUCGGGGAAGGAAGCGGAGAAAGAGAAGUCGGAGGAAGAGGUCCUGCGGGAACAGAUGGCCCAGAUUGACCAGAUGCUGGCGAUGGAAAAGCUGUUUCCGACGACAGACCCGUGGGCGCAGAGGGUAGACACGCUAGAUGUCGAGCUGCCUUACGUUGUCAACCCUUUUAAACCCUCAGAAUACCCUUCAUGGCGAAGUAUGUUUGAACAAUUCUCGCAAAACCGACAACAUUCAUUGAAGAACGCGACCAGUAUGUGGUCGCUGGCUGGCGCAAAUGCGUUUCCAGGAGUUGAUCUGUCUGGUGCAAAAUUCCGGCAUAAGCUCUUCAAAUGGCCGUGGCAUGUCUUCCAAUGUCGAUCCACUAAACCAAAUGCUUGGGUCGCACCUUUUCGCGCCGGCGCCCUCGAGUCUUACAUCGAACUAAAUAACGCUCUUGCCGCCAACGACGUCAAACGUAUCAAAACAUACGCCAUCGACUCGUAUCAAGAUACCCAGCUGAAGCUACUGAAGAAGCGAAGCCAAGAAUACCUUUAUAAAUGGCGCUUCCACGGUGAACUCUCCCCCACACGGAUCCUGUCGAUUCGCGCAAUGGAGGGGUACCUCUCGCCCGAGGAGCCGCGCUUUGGCAACCGUUUCAUGGCUCACAUACUUGUUAAGUUUGACACCGAGCAGAGUCUGGAAAUAUACGACCGCAAAGGCCACCCUCUGCAUGCCCACAAACCAGAAGAUGAUCACGGCAAGAAGACCUGGUUGAAUGUUCCUGCCGAAAAGCGACGAGUGAUAGAGUACCUUGUUUUGGAAAAGCGGAUGUGGUAUGACGGUCCGUGGACGUUUAGAGACCAGCUAUGGGAGAAGGCAGGAAAGGCUCGCGUCGCUGCGUAG